CUCUAAUCGCAAUUCUAUUCAAGGUGUUCAACAAUGUCUUUGCCACUAGUACAUAUUUUACGAACGGGUUUAAUUAAGUACGGGCAAGGAUUGCGUCUACAAAAAUUUAUCACAUCUACGUUUAAUGAACAAAACGAUUGCAAAUUUAAAAAUAUUUUAAUUUUAACGGAACAUCGACCGGUAUACACAAUCGGCAUUCGCACCAAAGACUAUACCAUCGAUGACGAAGCGUAUCUACAAAGCUUAGGCGCUGAAUUUUAUAAAACAAAUCGCGGCGGUUUGAUUACUUUUCAUGGUCCUGGCCAAUUGGUCGCCUAUCCAAUACUUAAUUUGAAAGAGUUUGAACCAAGCAUCCGAUGGUAUGUGUGCCAUUUGGAGAAAACAAUUAUCGAUGUGUGCAAACAAUUCAAUUUAAAUGCAAAAACAACACCAGACACGGGUGUCUGGAUUGACGAUCGCAAAAUAUGCGCAAUGGGAGUGCAUGGCAAACGUUAUAUAACAUCGCAUGGAUUGGCAUUGAACUGUGACAUUGAUUUAAAAUGGUUCGAUCAUAUUGUACCGUGCGGUUUGACUGAUAAAAGUGUUACAUCGUUGACCAAAGAAUUAGAUAAAAAUGUAUCAAUUGACGAUGUUAUGCCGUUAUUUUUAGAUAGCUUUAAACACACAUUUAAUUGUAAACUUGUUGAAUUGUCUAAUAAUGAGACCAAAUUUUACAUAGAUCAUUUAGUUUGAAUCUUAAUUUUAUUGUAGUUAUAUUUUAAUUCAAUGCCAUUUUUCAACUUUUC